GUAUGUUUUCAAUUUUUCUUCAGAUUUGGUAACCAUAUAUAGUUCUCACGGUCAUUAGAUAAAUAGCUUUUAAGUAUGCUAUUUGCUAUUACACUGGAAUUCAUCAUAUACAACAACCAUCUGUUAUGACCUGAAUGGUUUUUCUUGCAAGUGAAGAUGUUAAGGAUCAUUGCCUCAUCAAUGAGAACCCUUGGACCUCAUGCAAUGUUUUAUCUUGUUGCUGCUGUCUCUAAUUUUUAUGUUCCUUGGAAGAGCAUGGUAAUGGUUCAAUAUAAUGAAAUCAUCAUCCUUUUCUAGCAUGGAACUUGUGCCCCUAAAGAAACAGCAUGCCAUUGCCAAAAAUGGGUCUUUACCUGCAAAGAAAGAAAAACAAGCUAGAAUUUCAGAUUCUUUUGAGUCUAGUAGUGAGGAAGAUUCAUCCUCAGAUGAAGAAGCCCCUGCUAAGAAUGAAAUACUUGUAGUUGCUAAAAAGGGGUCUGUCCCUGUUGCUAAGACAAAGAAAGCAGAUAGCAGUUCAGAUCCUUCUGAUGAUUAUGGCUCUGUUGAAAAAUAGCUAAGUACUGAGGCUAAUUAUGGACUGAACCAAAAAAAUUUAUACAAUCUCCUGAUAUUUUAUCUUCUAUUGAAUUUUGAUAUAGGAGUCUGCUGUAAAAACAAAGGUAGCAGUUGUUAAAAAUGGCUCUGCACCUUGUAAUAAAGGCAAGUCUUCUAGUAGUUUGGAUUCUUAAGAUGAAGAUAGCAGCUUAGAUGAA